AAUCACGACACGUGCUGCUCAAACAGUGAACAUGAACGACAACAACAAACACUAACAAACUAAUCAUGUUUUCAUCAGUUAUAAAUGCCUAAAUAUGAAGUUUAUUCAUUUGCAGCGUUAGUUUUUUAGAGAAUUUGUUGUCUAACCUGGUCAUUAGAUUAAUAACUCUGUUAAUUAUUCUCUUCUUAAAGAUGGUGUUUAAAAAAGAGGAGACUGAAGACAUGAAGAUUGAGUUUAUUAAGGAGGAGGAGACUGAAGACAUGAAGAUUGAGUUUAUUAAAGAGGAGACUGAAGAAAUGAAGAUUGAAGAAACAUUCAGAGUGAAACAUGAAGAAACUGAGGAACAAACAGACCUGAUGGCACUGAGAGAGGCGAGUCAUGAACUUAAUGAAAGGGAUGAAGAGAAAAUUAUAAAUUAUAAUUUAAUGAGUGAAGAAAAAUCAACAAAGUUUUCCUUACAAAAAGGAGCUCAAAAGACUGGAACUAAAAGUUAUUUCACAUGCCAACAGUGUGGAAAGAGUUUUGAUCAACAUAGAAACCUUCAAGUCCACUUAAGAGUUCACACUGGAGAGAGACCCUUUACUUGCCAACAGUGUGGAAAGAGUUUCAUACAUAAAAAUCACCUUAAAAACCACAUGAGCAUUCAUACUGGAGAGAAACCUUUCACCUGCCAACAGUGUGGAAAGAGUUUCAGUCGAAAAGGAAGCCUUAAAGUCCACGUGAUGAUUCACACUGGAGAAAAGCCUUUCACCUGCACUCUGUGCGGGAAUGACUUCAAACGGGAGCAAAGCCUCAGGCAACACAUGAGAACUCACACUGGAGAGAGCCCAUUCACCUGCCAACAGUGUGGAAAGAGUUUCACUGUAAAACCAAGCCUUAAAGCCCAUAUGAGAAUUCACACUGGAGAAAAGCCUUACACCUGCCAACAAUGUGGAAAGAGUUUCAGUAGAAAUGAAAGCCUUAAAGAACACAUGAGAGCUCACACUGGAGAAAAGCCUUACACCUGCCAACAGUGUGGAAAGAGUUUCAGUCGAAAAGGACACCUUACAGAACACAUGACAACUCACACUGGAGAAAAUCCUCAAGCUUUGAUUUAUUAUUUUCUAAUAUCAAAAUAAAAUUGAAGAGCUCAAUAUUUCAAUAAAUCAAGGUUGACACAACAGUUCACAAAGCUUACACUACUAUCACAAACUCAAAAUUCCUAAUUUUUUUUUUAUCGUUUACGGUUGAUCAAAUCUAUCAAACCAAGAAACCAGAAUGAGCUUUUAUCAUUUACAUAACUUGUAUUUUUUUUUUAACUAUAAAAGUUUGUGUCUGCUGAUACUGAAAUGAAUAUGGAACCUGCUUACUUUAUUUGUUUUUGACUUGGUUAAAUAUUAAUUCUUCAUGCUAUCGUUUGCAGGGAAAAGAAGAUAUUUUUUCCCAUUGAAUGAUAAUUUGGUGUUUUCACUUCAGUUUUUUUAGAAUUCGGUUUACAAUGUUGAUCUGGUUAGCAUGAGAACUGUGUCACGUGCUGCUGCUUCAGCCAUCAUAUGGUAGAAAAUGUCAGAAUAAAUAAAUGUGUUCAACAA